AUAGCCCGCUGCAGCGCCCCGUCGAUCUCAAGCUCUCAAGCUUCUCUUUCAAUGGCCCCGGAGCCGGAGAAACCUCCGGCGAAGAAGAAGACGGCACAGAGGAAGGGCAUCGGCGGAGAUCCCUUCGAGUUCUGUGAUGUUUGCAACCUCAACCACGACCAUGGCCGUCGCCACAAGUACCUCCCUUCCCAUCUCCGCGCUCUCUCCUCUCUCUUCUCCCGCUUCCAUUCCAAGCUGUCCGACCUCCGAUUCUUCCUCAAAAACCCCGUUCCUCUGCGCCCCGAACACUCCGCCCUCAACCGCAUCUGGUGCGUCUUCUGCCGCCUUGACAUCCAGGAACUUUAUAGCCUCUUUGCAUGUGAGAAUGCAAUCGAACACAUGGCGGGUGAGGAGCAUCUGAAGAAUUUGAAGAAUUUCUUGUGGAAAUACGGGGGUGGGAUGGAUCGUGUUGAUUCGUUUAGGGUUUCUGAGUCCGAUCUCUCUAAGUGGAAAAAGGAGUGUGAGCUGUCGAAGUGUGUUGCUCCAUUGUCAGCCAGCAAACAUCCUAUUGGACCAGUGCCCGGGCCUUCUAAAGAUAUCCAAUUUGAACAUGAAUCUGGCCAUACAGAUAGUUUUGACAAUAAUUCUUUAAUAUCUUUUAAUUCUAGCACUUCUCUUAAUGUUAUGCCUUUACAAAGUCACACCUAUCAAGAAUAUUGGAAAUGUUUUCCAGAAGGUAGCGAAGCUACCACAGCUCAUGCAGCUCCUAUGUUUGCUAGUUCUCCAUCCCUUGGUGUUCUGGGAAGUGUGAGUCUUCCGAGCACUCGCUUGCAAGGGGUCUCCAUGAAUGACUCUGCUUAUAAUCCAGGUAACCAAGUCCCUUAUAUCAGUAUAAACCGGAAUGACUUAGCUGCUCAUUCGCUACCUAGUGGAGAGGACCAAAGAAAGUUCUCUAGAGAUAACAGUAACAAUGUCACACAGAAGCUCACUCGGAUACCUUUAUGUUCAAAUGGUAAUCUAGAAAAUGUUCAUACUGGUGGUGCUCCACCCUGGUUACUCUCUAGUGAAGAAAAUGAUGUGAAUCUGGCUAGCAAAAGAUGUCUACUGGAUAAUAUUGGAUCCAGUACAGCAGCUCAGAAUGGGAGGUCAAAAAAAUUGAACCCUAAACGGGUGGGAGCAGCGUGGGCUGAGAAAAGAAGGCUUGAACUCGAGCUGGAGAAGCAAGGAAAAAUAACUCAAAAGCCACAUGAUGCUAAUUGGCUACCUAAUUUUGGAAGAGUUUGGCAAGCAGGCACACGCAAGGAAUCCAGGAAAGAGUUUGAGAAGGAAAAGCGUGAAUUAUCCGAAAAGGAUCAGCAAUCAGACACAUCUUUCAUAGUUCAACCUUACUUAAGCAAGCGAAUGAGAACUGGUUCAUCUAAUGCUGGUGCUGAUGCUGAUGCUGGAUGCUAACUGAAUUAGGAGAAACAUGGAUUUUUGCUGACUUACAAUGUUAACUUGGUGAAUUCUUGUAUGUGUAUACAUGUUCAAGUUACUGAUAACUGUAAUUUCAGUUGUUUGUUCUUAAAAUUUGACAUUCCAGAUAUAGAGCGAAAAGUUAAAAUC